CACCUUUUUUCCUUUCGUUUUCUGGCAGAACUUUCCGCGGUUGCUUCGGCUCCUCCGAGCCCUUCCUCGCCGACCAUGGAGAACGGCGGCUCGGUCUACAGCCCGACGACGAGCCCCGCCGAACCUGCGCCCCACAAAGGACUCCGCUCCUGCGGCUGCACCGCCGCCCACUUGGGCCUCUCGCGCCUGGCGCUGAAGGCUCUGCAGCUGGUGCUGUCGUUCCUGGCCUUUGUACUUGAAGAAGUCAUAGAGGUUUGCACCAGCUGCGGUGGGCUUUACUUCUUCGAGUUUGUCAGUUGCAGUGCCUUCCUGUUAUGUAUCCCAAUCCUUGCCAUGUACUGCACAUCACUCCAUGAGAGAGUAGGGAAGGAGCAAGUCAAGCAGUUGGAUUUCUGGAUCGUUUCAGUGUUGGCGAUCUUCUUUUUCUUAGCUUCAGUUGUGUUUUCUGCAACCAAUGACAGGACUUCGAUUGAAAUUGCUGCCAUUGUGUUUGGAUACUUGGCCAGCAUAACAUUUAUCGUGGAUGCUGUGAUGAUCUUCAGGAGGCGUCAGGAUAGAAGAAAAGAGACACAGCAAGAAAACACGGCCAGAACGCUGAAUCCUGCAGAAAAUCAGCCACUGAAUAACCAGCCAGCUUAACCUCUAACAUGCCAUUUUAUUGUCCUAGAUCCUAAGUGAAGCUGGAAUGGUUCUGCCUUUGAAGCUGUGUCCAGAUUAAUAUUUCAUUUCCAUUUUGUAUCUCACUGUCCCAGGUUUCAUGCACUUCCUAAAUAAAGACUUUAAGUAACACUGAAUUUCUCUAAUUGCACCCAUUCAACUUUGUACCUGUGCACUGCUAAUGAACACGAUGCAGUAUAGUGAAAAAAGGCUUUAAAAUGGGGUUAUGAAGGAGCCAAGCUUUGCUUCUGCUAAAAGAAGUGUAGAGAACAAGUGCACAGGUAAAAAAGGUAAAAAGGUGCAAUUCCAGAAUAAAAUGUAUUUAACAAAGAAAAAAAAAUCUUGUAAGGAAGAAGGGAUAGGAUGAUGGAAAUGGAGGUUCUUUAUGGGGCAUCUCUCCAGGAAAACUGGGAAAGUUUAAACUUUUUUUAUUUUAUUUUUUUUGCAUACUUUCAUACAGGAAACUAGGAAGUAAAGUGACAGAAACGGGCAGAUUCUGUGUGCUGCAACACAAACAGUACUGGCAAAUCAUGCAGAAAUUGCUGAUCUGGACUCCAAAUCAAGGCUGUCUUUCCUUCUUGUACCAUCAGCCAUUUUUCCUUACUGCAUUGACAAACCCUCAACAUUUUUAUUGGCAUUAUCAUGAGCAAUAAGCAUUUGAUAAUACACGUCUGGAUGGAAAUGGCUUAUGAAAUCAACCUUUUCUCUCGUUACCCUUUUAUAAAAUGGCAAAUUAUGUUCAGCUUACCACUAUGUGGGUUGGUUUUUUUUAAAAUCAGUUUCAAAUGAAGUAACAAAAAAACUAUAAAAUAGUAGAAGUCUCUAUUUGACAUGUUUAGCAUUCUGGAAAAGCUGAAGUUUUAGGAAGUGGAAAUAAAAUAAGGAAACAGCUGUGAAAAGAUUGAGAAACCAUUAUCUUUACUCAAAGGUUCAAAAGUUGAUACCAGCUACAGAGGAGAGAUGUUAUUAACAUUAAAAUACCUAUUAAAAAGAGUGCAUAAAAAGGUGGUUGCAUUUUUUCUCAGAUCUUAAUGUAAUGUAUUUGAUUUUGUAUUCAUGUAAUAUUUCUUGUGUAGUUAGGCGUGCAGUUUCUAAAGUCUCUGGAUGAGAUGUUAAGGGUCACAGAUUAUGAGACUGCAAAAAAUUUAGGAUUGAAGUAUGCAUCUUUUAUGUUACUGAUAACAAACUAGCCAAUGAUUGUGCAAACUUCUGAGCACAGCAGUGUAUAGGAGAGCAAGGGGUGAACCUGUGGAGGUGCCCAGGGCCAGAAAGCCAAACUCCAUAUUGUAAACUGCAGCAAAAAAAAAGAAAAAAGAAAAAGGCAGUGGUGGUUAUCUCAGGGUAUAUUUUGAAGGCGGGGGGUGGGGUGGGGGAGAUGUACACAUAGCAGCAAGGUAGGCAAAACUGCUCUCCUCAGUCUUGUGUGAUACUUCCGUAGUGUAAGAUGCUCAUACACAACUUUUCCAACAUUUGUGAGGAUGGACCUAUGCAUCUUGAUAAUGGUUGAGGGAGAAUUGAUGUUAGAAAGGGGGAUUGAAACUACUAGCCAGUUCUAUCCUAGAAAGACAUAUUACAUAAAACAGGAAUCUUGCUGCCUUCUAGGAGCCCCUUGCUCCGGCCCCUUACCUGUGAAUAGAGCUAGCGUGGUGUAGUGGUUAGAGAGGAUCUGGGAGACCCAGGUUCACAUCUUCAUUCUGUCAUGGAAGCCUGCUGGGUGACCUUGGACCCAUCACAAUCUCUAAGCCUCGUUUUUCUCACAAGGUUGUUGUAAGGAUAAAGGAGAAAAAGGGAGAACUAGGAACACUGCCCUGAGCUUCUUGGAGGAAAGGUGGGGCAAAAAAGUACUAAAAUAAAUAUUGCCCUUAGUUCACUGUAAUUGUUCUUGAGCAAGCAGUUUUGGUUCACCUGAAGCUUCAUUUUCCAAAUUCCAGAGAGGUAGAAAUGCUAAAGCAUCAAAUUAAAAAGGAGGAGCUGUGUGACUCAUGAAAGCUUAUACCAUGGAAAAUAUUGUUGUCCUUUAAUGGGCUACUGGACCAAUUUUAUUCUGUUUCUACAGACUAAGACAGCUAUCCUCUUACACUAUUGAUGUGAAGAAUCGGACUUUAAAGUUCCCAUACUUCAACAAAGCCUACAGCAAGGCUUUCAGCAAUUCAGAGAUUAACAACUUUAUUGUGAAAUGAGCUUUUGCAAGAGUCUGGUGAAGUGGGCUGUCCCAAGACAGCCUGGCUGCAGCGGAUACUAGAAUUCGACAAAGACUGUUUGGAAGGGAGAUACUUUGAGAUGUCCCAAGAUUGCUGUUCUCGGAUGUUCCACUUGUGGUUUCCCUAAGGUUUGUGUUGCCAGAGAUAUCUUGUGGAUUAAAAUGCAAGAGCGCAGUUCUUGUAUGCCCUCAGGUGUGUUCGCUUCUAAAAGCAAUGAUAUUUACCCCACAAAACUACAUUUUGGAAAUGGUUGUGAAAGCUUCUAAAAGUGUCUGUUUCACACAGAAAGGGAGCCCGAGUAAACGUUACCUUUACCUGUGAAAUAUGAUUCCCUUCCCUAAUUGGCACCAUCCGCAGCAACUAGUGCCUAGGAAGGGAAGGUGUUAAAACUGGAAGGAAGUUGCCUUUUUUUUCUUUCAAAUUGUUGUGCUGUAAAUUAUUAACGUCGUAUGCAUGCAUAGGUGAGCUAGUGAAAAUUUUUGUGGGCUAUUUAUUUGCCAGGCUGUCUUUUUAUUGGCACAAAUGUUAAUUGCCAGUUUAACCUAUAGAGCAUCUAUUUUUCAAAUAAUCUCCCUUUCAGAUGUAUAUCUUUGUUAAUUUUUUGCUUAAUUAAACUUGUGACAGAUUUAAACAGUAAUCUGUAGACCUUCCACUGACUAUGAUAAAGGUAGUAGGGCUUAUUUCUAAGAAAGGGUGUACUGCCAGAUAUCUUGCAGAUGCAAGACAAGGGGUUAAAUCCAGCAGUAAAUUUUGACUAAUGGGGAUGAUUUUUGGUGAUUAUCUCCUUCAGCCUCCCAAGUUACUUGGCAUUUGCAGCCCUCAGAUGAACUUGAUAGGAGUAAUUAUUGUAUAAAUCCUAUCCACACUGUAGAAAAGUUUGAAUGAUAGCUGGAUUUCAAAGGGAGGGGACACGAUGAGAGGUUUCUGGUUUUUUUUCGUAUUUUUAAUGGGAUUUAAAAUAGGCAGAGAUAAAAAUGUUUAGGAAAAAAGUUGAUUUUCAUGUAUGCUUUGUAUUUUGAAAAUUACAUAAUUUUGAACUAUUAUAAAUGAAAUGUGUUUUUGGAAACCUUUAGAGAUGUAUGGCAACUUUUAAAAAAUCCCAACUCUUCUGUAAACUGUUCAGUAUGUAUCAAUUUAAUUACAAUUGAUAUCUGCAUUGCACAUUCUGGCCUGGCCUUUUUAGCACCAGUUUUUAUUGUAUUUUUGGAUUUACUUAAUCCUUUUGUAACUACAUUUUUAAUAAAAGUUGUAGAAAACA